AUGGCCCACAAAACAGAUGUGAUUGGGGUUGAACCACCUCCUGUGGAAGAUAUGGUAACAGGUUCUAUUAAAGAUAUCCCUCCUGAUGAGGAAGGGAACCUACACAAAACCCUGAAGGAUCGUCACUUGAGCAUGAUAGCCAUGGGUGGUGCACUAGGCACUGGCCUUCUAAUCGGAACUGGAUCGGCAUUAGCACAGACGGGUCCUGGAGGAAUUCUGAUCGACUACAGCAUAAUCGGGGUGAUUGUUUUCAUGGUUAUGGCUGCACUUGGAGAGAUGACCUCGUUUGCUCCGAUGUCACGAGGAUUCGGUGGAUAUGCAACACGUUUUGUUGACCCUGCUCUUGGAUUUGCUACGGGAUACGCAUACUUCUUCAAAUAUCUUCUUGCAACCCCCAAUCAGUUGUCGGCUAUAGCUCUUAUCAUUGAGUAUUGGACUGGAGACAGAGUCAACCCAGCGGUAUGGAUCACCAUCGCAUUGGUAGCAAUCUUGGUGAUCAAUUUUAUCAGCGUCAAAGCCUUUGGGGAGUUUGAAUUCUGGUUAUCGUCCUUCAAAAUUAUAGUGAUGACGGGUGCUAUUAUUCUUCUGCUGGUUUUGGCACUUGGUGGUGGAGCCAACUUGGAACGAACCGGCUUUCGAUAUUGGAGCAACCCAGGCGCCUUCGCAGAGUACAAAUUAACAGGCUCCUUGGGUAGGUUUGUUGGUGUAUGGAGUACAAUGGUUCAAGCAGUAUAUGCCUAUGGCGGAACUGAAUUGGUGGCCGUCACAGUCGCGGAAGCUCAAAAUCCAAGGCUGGCCAUGGCACGAGCUGUGAAGCUGACAUUCUUCCGCAUCGUUAUCUUCUACAUACUAUCGGUCCUCUUUCUCGGAAUGGUUGUUCCAUACAACAGCUCUGAAUUGGCAUUCGCGGCAAGCUCCACCACCAGCGCCGCCGCAUCGCCUUUUGUUGUGGCCAUCAAACUCGCAAAGAUAGGGGGUCUGGACCAUGUGAUCAACGCAUGCCUGUUGAUUUUUGUGUUGUCAGCGGCUACUUCUGAUUAUUAUAUCGCCACAAGAACACUCUAUAACAUUGCCGCUGAUGGGAACGCACCUAAGAUUUUGACUCGAACAAAUAAUCGAGGUAUUCCAAUCUUUGCAAUGAUCAUCCCCACUGCAUUUUGCUUGUUGGCAUAUAUGAGCACAAGCUCUGGCGCAAAGGUCGUGUUCGGUUAUCUUACUUCUAUGGUUUCCACUUUCGGCAUGCUUACCUGGAUUUCCAUACUGGUCACCCACAUAUACUUCUCCCGUGCGGUCAAAUUACAACAAGUACCAGCAAAUUUAUUCGCCUACCGGGCACCAUUAAGAGAAUGGGGAUCCCUGGUUGGCUUGUUGAUACUGUGUCUUUUGACACUUACAAAGGGAUUUGGAGUUUUCUUAGUCGAGUUUGACUACAAGAACUUCAUCUUGCAGUAUAUUGGGCUACCGGUUUAUUUAAUUUGCAUAUUUGGUUAUAAAUUUUAUUACCGAUCUAGACGCGUCAAGGCUUUCGAAGCAGAUCUGGUGACUGGGGUGUCGAUGGAGCCAAUUGAGAUAACCAGAGCCCGACGAAAGGCUGAGAUGAAAGAGAGCAUUGCUACAAAACCUGCAUUCAUUCGGGUGUGCAAAAAGUAUCUAGCUCUGUGCUUCUAG